UUUGGCUAAAGGGCGCGGUGAGCCCUCUCGGGCGGAAGCGCGCCACAGUGAUGCCAUACGACCUGUGCAUCAAGAAUAGCCAGCAGCAGAUCCUCGUUGUUACAGUUGAGGAGACAGACUCCAUCCGGGAGCUGAAGCAAGACCUCAAAGCCAGACUUGCCGCAGAGGCAAACGAGCCCCUCUUCUUCAACGGCGUUGAGUUGGCAGAUGAGGACGCCACCCUGCUGGAGUACAAUGUUGUGCCCGAUGAUUGCCCGGGCGGGCCUGUGGUGCACAUGGGGACCUGCCCCUGCUCCUUCGACCUGGAGUGUCGCUUGCCCGGCGGGGGCCACAUCAAGGAGCACGUGACAGGAGACACCACGGUGGCACAGCUCAAGGGCCGCAUCACCUCGGAGGUGGGCAUCCCGUACCUCUGCAUGAAGCUCUUCGCGGGCACCAAAGAGCUGCGGGAUCCGCUGCCGCUCCAGCGCUAUGGUCUUGCAGGGGACUCCGCCGUGCAGGUGUCGACCAGGCCACUCUAUGCCGGCCCAGCUGCUUAGCAUGCGCGAUGUAUGUUCUUCCCGG